UGUUCUAUAUUUUUGAAUUAUAAAAAAGCGAAUUAUCGAUAUUAUAGCUUGUAAUCUUUCCGGCACGAUUUAGGCGGGAAGAUUACUUCAAGAAUUAUUACAUGUGGUUAAUAUUGUAUGUGAGAAAAUAAAUCUGUAUAAAGUUUACGUUUGAAAAUAUUUGUGAAAAUAAAUUUGAAAAAAUGCCACCAAAAAUAUCAAGAGAUUAUACAAAAGAUAGGGAGAAAUUAAAAACUUUUUUGACGGAAUUUGUAACAAUGGAUGAUGUAACUGAUGAAAAAGUAUUUAAAUAUAGAAAACAACUAACUAAUAUUGCUCAUCGUGAACAAGUAGAUUUAACAAUAGAAUUAGAUGAUGUACAUGAAUUUGAUGAUGAAUUAGCAAUGUGUAUUGUAAAUAAUACUAGAAGAUAUGUUAAUUUACUUUUGGAGGUAAGUUAUAUUUAUAUUAUAUAUAAUAUAUAAAAAUAUUAACAUAUU